GGCCCCUUUGUGUGGGCACCAGUCGCCGGCCGAGCUGUGGAGGAGCAGCCGCCGCCAUUUUGUGUGUGCCUGUGUUUUGCCCCCUCCCCACCCCCCGUUCCGGCGGAGCGGCGGCAGCCGGGGCGCCCCCGUCUCUUCUGCUGGUCAGGUGAGGCGAAGCGAAGGCGUUGGGCCAAGCUGAGGGAGCCCGUCGCCGGCGGCUGCCGCAGCCGUAGCCGUGAGGUCGCGCCGUUUGCAGGAAGCGAGGGGGAAGAAGCGGCAAGACGGAGAAGGGGGGGAAAAAACCGUCAGAGCUGCCCCCCAACAGGAGGAGGAGUCUCGGCGCCAGGCCCAGGCGCAGCCCCGGCACCGGCGGCAGCAUGGAGAACUCGCAGCUAUGCAAGCUGUUCAUCGGCGGCCUCAACGUGCAGACCACGGAGGCCGGGCUGCGGGAGCACUUCGCGGCCUACGGCACCCUCACUGACUGCGUGGUCGUGCUCAACCCGCAGACCAAGCGCUCCCGCUGCUUCGGCUUCGUCACCUACUCGGCGGUGGAGGAGGCCGAUGCCGCCAUGGCCGCGUCGCCUCACGCGGUGGACGGGAACGCGGUGGAGCUGAAGCGGGCCGUGUCCCGGGAGGACUCGGCCAAACCGGGAGCUCACGCUAAGGUGAAGAAGCUCUUUGUGGGCGGCCUCAAAGGGGACGUAGGCGAAGGGGACCUGGUGCAGCAUUUCAGCCAGUUCGGCCCGGUGGAGAAGGCCGAGAUCAUCGCCGACAAACAGAGCGGGAAAAAGCGCGGCUUCGGCUUCGUCUACUUCCAGAACCACGACGCCGCCGACAAGGCGGCCGUGGUCAAGUUCCACCCGAUCCAGGGCCACCGCGUGGAGGUCAAGAAGGCCGUGCCCAAGGAGGACAUCCAGUCGGGCGGGGGAGGCGGCGGCUCUUCCAGGCCCUCCCGGGGCGGCAGAGGCGGAGGAAGGGGUCGGGGCGGCGGCGGAUCCGGCAACCGGGAUCACAACGGUCUUUCCAAAGGAGGCGGCGGUUACAAUAGCUACGGCUGUUACGGUGGAGGAGGAGGUGGCGGCGGCGGCGGUUACGGCUCCUAUGGCAGCGGCUCCUACGGAGGCGGCGGCGGCGGGGGAGGCGGCGACUACGGCAACGGGUACGGCGGGUUCGGCAGCUACAGCCAGCACCAGUCCUCCUACGGCCCCAUGAAGAGCGGCGGAGGAGGUGGAGGAGGGGGCGGCAACUGGGGGGGCCGCAGUAACAGUGGACCGUACAGAGGAGGCUAUGGUGGGGGAGGCUACGGGGGCGGCUCUUUCUGAGCUGGAGCACCCAUACCCAUUGGGGAUGGCGUGGAAAGCCCUCCCUUUGAUACGGGGCAGCUUCUAAAUGGUUUCUCCCCUCAUUCGCCGAAGGGCAGCUCCUUUUAAAUGCCUCCCUGCUGUGGGAGCAGCUCCUAAAUGCCCCCUGAGGGUCGCCUCUGCUGCCUGUGCCACUUCUUUCUCUCUGAAGAUGGACUGGGCCCCACAUACACAUACUUUGUGUUACAGUCAUUGAUGGACUCUAUUUUUUUAUUAUUACUUGGACCUUGGUCGUUUUUAUACUAGCAACGAAAAAUGUCUUGUUUUAAUUUGUUUUUUUUUGGGGGGGGGUACGGGGUGGGAAAUGUCUUGCUGAUCUGGAGUAAAAACUGGGGAGGCUUAUGGGGGAAUUUCCUUUGUUGUAAGGACUCGAUACCUGGCUCCUACAUUUUUUUCUACAAAACCUACUCGGAUCCCAUGACUGAAAAUUAACAUUUCUGUAAAGGAGGAAAAAAAAAAAAUCGUUUUUACGUUUUUUAUUUUUUAAAUAAAUCACUGUGUUCAUUGACCUUUACAUGUCGAAUUAUUUUUCCUAGGAUGCAUUCUGUACGGUUCGAAGGCUUUUCUAGGUUCGAAGCAAGUGUUCCUCUGCUUUAAAAGCUCUAUGUACCUAGAGUAAAUAUUUUCUUGCCAGUAAAGGUCCUAACUGACUUUUUUGCUACCCCCCCCACUAGUGGAUUCGUUGGCUUUCAGACGCUCGACAGAGAAAUUUCGGAAGUACUAACCCGUGGAUGUGGUCUGUUUUUAAACCCCUUGUUCUCGCCCCGUUUGUGUGCAUCCACCAUCUUGUACUGGGCGCUUUGACGUGCUGACAUGGUUGGUCAAUUUUUUCUAUAGGACUUUUUCCAUCAACGUAUGUACUGUGUAGUUUUGAAGAAAUAGUUUGUGUUAAGCAUGUGCUUCAUUCAUAUGAAAUGUUCCGAAUUUCCGAUUGCUUAGUUUCAAGUCCUCUUCUCGGUUUGUCUGUGUAUGAUUCCUUCCAGGAAAGGGUCGACAUUUAUCCCGUCUUAAAACGCGUACUUGUUUUCAUAGUAGCGGGUUAACAGACUUUUCACUCUGAACUAUUGUCCUUCGUUAAAGUUCCCCGAGAAUCUCUCGCAGCACCAUCUACCGACAGGAUGGCAGCCCCCUUGCUGCAGGCUUCGUUACAGCAGGAGGAAAAUUGGUUUGCUAACGAUUGUACUAGACUUUGGGAAGGUAUUUUAUGCCACUAGAUGACUGGUGUAGAAUGCGAUGACAUCCGCAUGUGAAUAAAGAUGGGCUCCAUGAGUACAGACUGGAAAAGGAAUGGAUUUGCAAUACCUGCCUCAGCACCUAUUCUUUUCUUUCCUUUGAGUUUUAAUAAUUACAGUUGCCCAUAUUGCAAAAUGCUAAUCUAAACUACGUGGGCAAAGUGCUGUGAUAAAUGAGCCAGCAAAGUGUACCAGCAACGUAGGUGCCCGUUGUAAAGCAAAAGUCUCUGUGUAGUCUGCUUGAUUAACAAAUGUAUAUUUGUAGCCCUUUCACGCAAUAGAAUUCAAAGUUUGUUGUUUAUUAAAAAGCAUAAUGUUUUAGGGGAAAACUGCCUUCCUGCAUAGAAAUAGAGAAUAGCAAACGUUUAUGGGUUUAUGGAUAUCAAAUAAAGAUUUGAAUUCCUUAUA